CAUUGCCGCUUGGCAGUGCUGUUGGGAGAGAAGGAGGAAGUCCGCAAAGCCAGCUUUCAGUUUUCAGUGGAUACCAGCCUAACAUGGACAAGAGUAAAAUGUGGACUUGUCGGUUGUAAUGACCUAACAGUAUUACGCCUCCAAUCAAACCUGACUUUGGAGUUUUUUCCGGAGAACCCGACUGCCGACAGAAGAAGGGAUAUAUAUUUUUUUUUACCUUCGAAUGUGGAUAUGCUUCCUUCUGUUUUCCGUGGUAUAUGGAUCUAGGAGCCACCAUGUUAUUAGGAAGGUGAUAAAAGAAGGCGUUGGCUGCUUUAACCCGGCUUACAGAAAAGUCUCUGCAAGGAGUGAAAGUAAUUUGAAGAAAAAGAUUGACUUAAACCCAGGGAAAAUGAAAACAUCCAGAGCCCUGACCCACUGAGCAACUGAACUGGAAUGAAAUCUUGAUCUAUUUUUCCUAAUAGCAACCAAGUUAGCAAUGAGUGGGCGUAUAUAAUGGCCAAGAAUAAGGAUGCACGCUCCCUGACAUUUUCCAUUAGUGUGGUUGGCCUGUCUGGGACUGAAAAAGAAAAGGGCAACUGUGGAGUGGGCAAAUCCUGCCUGUGCAAUCGAUAUGUGCGCCCAGAUGCAGACAAUUACUACUCUGAGCACACCUCAGUGCUCAGUACAAUAGAUUUUGGCGGACGUGUUGUCAACAAUGACCACUUCCUAUAUUGGGGGGAGGUGAACAUUCGGGGGGAGGAGGGUUUGGACUGUAAAAUCCAAGUCAUUGAACAAACUGAGUUCAUUGAUGACCAAACAUUUCUUCCACAUCGAAGUACAAAUCUACAGCCAUAUACCAAACGAGCUGCAGCAACUAAACUCCAGUCAGCAGAGAAACUUAUGUACAUCUGCACUGACCAGCUGGGGUUGGAGCAGGACUUUGACCAGAGGCAGAUGCCUGAUGGGAAACUGAACAUUGAUGGCUUUGUGCUUUGUGUUGAUGUUAGUAAGGGUUGUAAUAGGAAAUUUGAUGACCAAAUGAAAUUCAUUAACAGCCUCUACUCACAAAUUGUUAAGUCAAAGAAACCUAUUGUUGUUGCUGCCUCAAAGUGUGAUGAGUAUAUGGACCAGCAUUUGAGGGAUUUGCAGACCUUUGUGGCCAGCAAAAAGAAUCUGAUGUUAAUUGAGACAUCAGCACGUUUCAAUGUCAACGUAGAGCACUGCUUCAAUACCCUUAUCCAGCAGAUUGAUAAAACAAGAGGAAAGCCUAAAACUAUACCAUACCAGGAUGCCUAUAAAGUCCAUCGACAGCUUGCUGCCUCAGUAACAGAAAGAUUUGAGAAGCUCAUGGUGCAAACAGUGAGGGACUAUCAUAUUACAUGGAAAACGGUCAUAAAUAACUUGAAGGGUCAGCCAGACUAUGAUGAGUUUAUCACCCUAGAGGGAUCUCGAAAAGCUCGCUCCAUGUUCACAAAGUACAUUGCACAACUGAAACAGGAGCACAUCAAACGCCGGCGGGAAGAGUACUUAGUAACACUUCCAAAAACCCUUAACAAUAUUUUCUGUAGUCUGGAGGAAGUUGAACACCUGUCAUGGCCUGAGGCACAGACUAUAAUCCGAAACCGGCAAGAUUUCCAGUGUUGGUUUGUGGUACUGGAUCAUACACCGUGGGAUGAGUCAGAUCACAUUGAUAAUAGUGAUCGCAGAAUACCCUUCGACCUCCUUAAUACCCCUGAUGGGGAGAGAAUUUACUAUUCCCAUGUCCAGCACUUGCUAUCUGAGAAAAGAAGGGUGGAGAUGAAAGAUAGGUUCAAGAGGACUCUGGAAAGAGUUCAUUUUAUCAGUCCAGGACAACCCUGGGAGGAGGUCAUGUGCUUUGUCAUGGAAGAUGAGGCCUACAAGUACAUCACUGAAUCUGACAGAAAGGAUGUUUACUGUAGGCAUCAGCAGGAAAUAGUUGAAAAGGCCAAAGAGGAUUUUCAGGAAAUGCUAUUUGAGCAUGCUGAGCUGUUUUAUGACUUGGAUCUUAAUGCAACUCCCAGUUGUGACAAGAUGACAGAAAUUCACAGUGUACUAAAUGAGGAGCCCAGGUACAGAGCACUGCAGAAACUUGCCCCAGAUAGAGAGUCGCUACUCCUUAAACACAUCGGGUUUGUCUACCAUCCCACUAAAGAGACAUGCUUAAGUGGACAGAACUGUGUAGAUCUGAAAGUAGAGCAGGUUUUGGCCAACAGGCUGGUACAGCUUGACCAUGGACGCUCAAAUCUCUACUAUAGCAGUGCCAACAUUGAUAAGAUCAACCUCUGCCUUCUUGGAAAAGAUGGUCUCUCACAGGAACUAGCAAAUGAGAUCCGAGCUCAAUCCACAGAUGAUGAGUACACGCUUGAUGGUAAAAUUUAUGAACUAGAGCUUCUUCCUGUGGAUGUUAACUCCACUCUGCUGUUCAGUCACACAUGGGUUGCCACUUUCAAGCCUCAUGGCUGCUUUUGUGUGUUUAACUCUAUUGAGUCUCUCAACUGUAUUGGUGACUGCAUAGGUAGGAUCAGAGCAGAGAUAGCACAGAAUAGACGAGAUCAGUUUGCUCAGCCACUCCCUUUUAUUCUCAUUCUUUCAAGUCAGAGAGACAGUGUUUGCAAAAACAUACCUAUUCUAAGGCACCAAGGCCAGCAGCUUGCAAACAAGUUGCAGUGUACCUUUGUUGACAUUCCCUCAGGAGCUUUUCCAAGGAAAUUCACAGAAUUCCAAAUUAAGCAGGGGCUCAGGGCAGUGCUGGAAGGCCUUAAGCAUAACUUGGAUGUCUUAGCACCCCUACCGUGUAUUAAAGACAUGGCUGAGACAGAUCUUAGAAUAGUCAUGUGUGCUAUGUGUUGGGACCCUUUUAGUGUUGACCUCAUCCUCUCACCUUUCUUAGAUUCACAUUGCUGUAGUGCUGGACAGCAAGGCCAGAGCAAUACACUCAUUCUCGAUAAGAUUAUUGGGGACAACCGGAAAAGGAUCCAAGUCACUAUACUCUCUUACCACUCUGCUAUUGGUGUCCGGAAGGAUGAACUUGUGCAUGGCUAUAUUCUGGUCUACUCUGCCAAGCGCAAGGCAUCAAUGGCAACCCUACGGGCAUUCUUGGCCGAAGUCCAAGAUGUGAUCCCCGUCCAGAUGGUGGCGAUAACAGACAGUCAGGCGGACUUCUUCGAGAGUGAUGCCAUAAAGGAGCUGAUGACUGAAGGGGAGCACAUUGCCACAGAGAUUGCUGCUAAGUUCACAGCACUCUAUUCCCUGUCACAAUAUCACCGGCAGACGGAGGUUUUUACACCCUUCUUCAACGAAGUGCUAGAAAAAAAGCCAAACAUUGAGAAGGCCUUCUUGCUCGACAGCUCCACUCGCGACUGCACCACCAGUGAAGAUGUUUUCCCCACAUCACCUCAUAGUCAUUUGCCAGCUUACACCACCUAUUAUCCUGAAUCUGAUGAUGAUAAUGAGGCCCCCCCACCUUACAGUCCAAUUGGUGAUGAUGUCCAACUUCUGCCUACACCCAGUGAGCGGGCAAAGUACAGGAUUGACCUAGAGGGAAAUGAGUACCCCGUUCACAGCACACCUGUCGGAGACCACGACCGCAACCACAAAGUGCCCCCACCAGUCCGACCUAAACCUGUGCUCCCUAAGCCUAAUGUGAAGAAGCUCGACCCCAACCUGCUUAAAACCAUUGAAGCAGGCAUGCGAAGCAAUCGCAGGAUGCCUCGUGGCCCAGUCACACACACUGAAGAUGUGGAAGCUUCAGACAACUAUGCAGAGCCUGUUGACACCCUGGUUAGGUCCAGAGGUUUCCACAGCGACGACAUCUAUGUUGUACCUGAAGACGCGCACAGCCGUCUGGUGAAAAUUACACCUCCAUUCCUCCAUUCAGGAGGAGAUGAGGAGAACGGAUUUGAUCGGAAGUCUCAAACCAUGAGGCGACCAUCUAAGUACAAGCAUCGUUCUAAGAUCCUCUUCAGUAAAACAAAGGCCUAUCAAAGACGAUUUCAUUCUGAUAGUGAUGGUGAAGAGUUUUGCCCUGCCACACAGAAAAAGAAAAAAGGAAGAGCCCAUAGAGGCAGUGAGGAGGACCCUCUUCUCUCCCCAGCUGACCCAUGGAAGAUUGGUAUAGAUAAUCCUGCAAUCACCUCUGACCCUGAAGAUGAUAAGAAGAUGAAGAAGAAGAAGGCAUCAAAGACACUGAAGGACCAGAAAAAGCCCAAAUCGACCAAGCCCCCGAAGCCACUUUACCCACCCACUCGGAGAACCUGGGACAGCAACUACUUUGGCGUUCGCUUGCAGAAUCUUGUGACUUCAGAGCGUCCCAUCCCACUCUUCAUUGAGAAAUGUGUUGAAUACAUUGAACGCACAGGUCUAACGACUGAGGGUGUUUACCGUGUCAGUGGAAACAAGACAGACCAAGAUAACCUUCAGAAACAGUUUGAUCAAGAUCACAGCAUUGAUUUUGGAGAGAUGGACCUGGCAGUGAAUGCUGUUGCUGGAGCGCUGAAGGCUUUCUUUGCUGACCUGCCUGACCCUCUGAUCCCCUACAGCCUGCACCCAGAGCUGGUGGAAGCUGCAAAACUCAUGGACUACAUUGAGCGGCUAGAGGUGUUGCGAGAGAUUGUGAAGAAGUUUCCUUCCAUCAACUACCAGAUCUUCAAAUACAUAAUCACACAUCUGAACAGGGUGAGCCAGCAUAGCAAGACCACCCUGAUGACAGCCGACAACCUGUCCAUCUGUUUCUGGCCCACCCUCAUGCGUCCUGACUUUGAGAACAGGGACACGCUGUCCACCACGAAGCUCAAUCAGGCCGUCAUCGAGACGUUCAUCGUGCAGUGCAACUAUUUCUUCCAUGGGGGUGACGUGGCCGAGACCUCCAGCAACGAGGGAACACCCCCGCCACAUUGCCACAACAUGGUGGAGGCUCUUCUACCCCUGCAGCUGCCCCCCCCUCUGCAGCCCCAGCAGAUACAACACACGCUGACCCCUGACCCCCUCAUUUAACACACCAAUAAGUAUUCUGGGGCAUCGGGAGUUCAGUAUGUGCUUCCAGCUGUAAACAUAGAGAGAUGCUGGAGGUCCUUCUUCUGCUUCACAUCAGUGGCUGAUCCUUUUUUUAAAUAUUCUUUCAGCUUUGGGUUCAGAGAGUGCUUGGUGGGAUGUUGGACCAGUCUGGAUCUGGGAGAUGGGCUCAUUUUGGAAGCUCAGUCUGGGAUUAUGGAAUUGCACAUCACAUUAUGGAUUGCAUAAUUUAGAUCAAACUGAAUACAGUGAGGAAUGAGCUGAUCUAGGCACAUAAUGCUAGUUCUUUAAAGGAAUCAAACCUAGUUCAAGAAUUUUUCAACAUAUUUGAGGCAAAGACUCCAUCUCUACCCUCAUGGAAAAGCACACCAAGUUGUUUUUUGUCCUGUUACAGGCCCGGCCUCCUGAUGCCAUCUGGGCACCACUAAAGGGAAGGUAAACAUUACAACUUAUACUCUCAUUUGAAAACCUGAGAGUAUAAUGAUAAUGACAUACACACACCAAGGGGAUUCUAGUCUUCCUGCAGAUUCUGGCACAGGAAAACAGUUUCUGACUUCGAGUCAGUUUGGGACAUGUUUGAGUCUCAACCUGUGAAACUAAAACAGCAUUCUGAACUUUAAGCCCUGCACCUUUAAUGUUUUCAGGAGGUAAUGGGUUUUCAAUACUAAACCAUUCCUUUUCCACUACACAAGCCUAAAUGAGCCCUUAAAGGACAGCCCAUGCACGACUAGUGUCUAUGGUCCAUGUUGCAAUUCAUAUUGUUUGCUUGCUUUAUCCUGUCAUAUUUUUUUAUAUUUUGGUAACAUCUGAUUUCUAUCCAUGUUGUAUGUGUGUGGGUGUGUGUUUGCUGUUGUGUAACAAUGCUGAAGUGUUGGAUGAUUUAUCUGUAGAAACUUACAUGUGGUUGGUGUUCGGGUUCUGAAGACUGGUGUCACUCUGUCCAGGAGAACCAGGCUUAACUUCUCAUGCUCAACUCUUCAGUUUCUUAAAGAGACAGCUCCCCGUGUCUUCUUGGUGUUGUCACCCUAUUUCCUUAAUUUCUUUAUUUCUCUUUGUCUGAAAUUUGCAUGUUUUUACCACUUUAUGAAAAAAAGUCAACUAUACAAAAUGAAAUGAAAAACUUGAACACUAAGAGCCCUUGAUAGGAUCCCCACCACUUUAUUUGACUUUUUAAGGGCAAUAUUUCAACAGAAAAAAAUCUCAUUUGCAUUAGCUUUUUUGUUGUUCCUGGAGGAAAUCACAUCUUUAAUAUCAUAUUUCUUUUGUUAAAUAGUUUCCCUAAAUAGAGGAAAGAAGUAUAUAAGUCUAUAUAUAAAUAUAUAAAUCACAAGUUUCUUAAGUAACAAACUACCACAGGGUACUGGAUCCUAAUCUGUCACAAGCUAUGAUCAUAUAUGUUUAUUAUGGUGAAUGUUUUUUGUUUAUUUGUGAUGUGAAUGUGGGUAUGUGCACAUUUGGGGUGAGUAAGGAAGGUGGGGUUAGGAUGGGUGAUCAUACUGGAUCAGUACAACUCAGAAAAAGAAAGGAAGAAAGUCUCAAUCUUCAUCUGUGAUACUUAAACAACAAAUCUCCUUUCCUAGUUUCCAGGUCUCUCAAUUCAUCCUGUGAGUAAAAUAUUUCAGAAAUCUACAUCCUUGCCUGCCUUUUGCUACAGGAUGAUAAACAUUUAUUAUAGCUUAUUUUCUCAAUCUUCUGUCCAUCUGGAUAACACUUGUUUUUGCUGCUUGCUAUAGAUAUUAUAUUACUCUUUAUUUUACAACUCAAAAAAUUCUAAAAUUGUAUUAUAAAUCUUAGUUUUUUUAUUAUUAUUUCUUUAACAUUUUCUGUAAACAGUGCAAUUUUGUGGUACUUUACCCUAACUCUACUCUACAUUUCAAAGGGAAGCUUCUAAUAAAAAAACAACCACUAAUGAUUAUGUCUGCAAGGAUUUCCAACACUGAUAUUGCCAUAGUUCUGUUUUUAUGUUGCUCAUCUGAGGUACAAAAUGUCUUUGCAAGAAAGCAGUUUAACAUUUAUUGUUAUUGGCCUAUAUUCAUUAUAUAAAAAAUUAAGCAUUUUUUUUUGUUCCCCAACAAAACAUCAUAUUCUCCCAAACAAAGUAGUUUCAGAGGUCUGGCUGUCACUCCAGAUGGCUAAUGCUGAUAGGUGUUCAUUUUUUAUCUCAUCCAGUGAUUGAGGGGGACUAUCAAGCAUGUAUUAAAUCUGUGAAAUAUCUUUCUGUCCUUAGAUACUUUUUGAUUAGGAAAAAUUCAUUUAUAGCCAAUGUUUUUUAUUUUUACCAUUUUAAAAUGUACAACUCAUGUUCUUUAACUAGUUGAUUUUGUUUUCCCACAGGAUCAUGAUUCACGAGUCUCAAUUUGGAUAAUUGGUAGCCUGGUAAAAACCAGCCCCUUGUUCUGGGCCUUGCUUCAUCCAGAGGGUCUAGACUCUUGACUAUCGAGAAACUAUUGCUACUUUGUUGAAGUUGUAAAUUUUACCCAAUCGCUAACGUUUGGCCAUGACGUGUGUGUAGCUUAAUGAAAUUUGCAUACGCUGUAAAAACACUAAGGGGAGUAGGGCCACGAUAUCUUUGCCAGCAAUAAAAUCUAUUAAACAUUC